AUGACCGACCCCGAUCUCCUCCUUCAUCUUUACACAUCACCUGCCUGUCUCCCGUUUUCGUUACUCUCACGCCCCGACACGAGGGACCUUUCUUCUUUAUUUAACACCAAGCUAGGGGCUUAUGCAGGUUCUUCAACUUCCUGCAUUGGUCAUCCAACUCAGACCCAGAACCAUCGACCAGACAGCCCGAAGGAGAACACGACUUGCAUCAUGACUUCCGAAACGAGCGAAAAGGAACAAAAGGCGGCAUUUCCACCAGACAUGACGGAGGAGAAUACAGCCGAUGAUCUUCUAGCCAAUCUUGGGUACAAGCCAGAGCUGAACAGGAACCGAUCCACCCUGCAGGUGGCGUUCAUGUCGUUUGUGCUGGCUUCGAUCCCAUGGGGCUUGUCCACGACGGUAACCUAUCCAAUCAUUGGAGGAGGACCUGUCAACAUUAUCUGGGGGUGGCUUGCAGUGUCUCUGAUUAUCUUGUGCGUUGCUGCAUCUCUUGGCGAGAUCACUAGUGUGUAUCCUACUGCAGGAGGGGUCUACUACCAAGCUUUCAUCAUUACUCCUGCAAGGUGGCGUCGCGUCGCUAGCUGGAUCUGCGGCUGGCUCUAUGUCGUCGGUAACAUCACCAUCACGCUCUCUGUCACCUUUGGCAGCACAACCUUUAUUAUUUCCUGCAUCAACGUCUUCGAGACUAAGGCUGGUGAGCCUGUGUUCGGAGACGAACCAUACAAGACGAUCCUCCUUUUCAUCGGCAUAACUCUGCUGUGCAACGCAGUUUCUGCCCUCGGUAACCGAUGGCUUCCCAUUCUCGACACCGCAGCCAUCUUCUGGACCUUUGCUGGUGUGAUUGCCAUAGUCUCUACUAUCCUCGCCCUGUCCAAGAAUGGUCGCCGCGAUCCUAGCUGGGUCUUUACCCACUUUGAAAACAACUCAGGUUGGCCAGAUGGAUGGUCAUUUUGUGUUGGCCUUCUUCAUGCCGCCUAUGCCACCUCGUCAACCGGCAUGAUCAUUUCGAUGUGCGAAGAAGUUCGCAAGCCAGAAACACAAGUACCCAAGGCCAUGGUCGCUACCAUUGUUAUCAACCUCUGUGCAGGGCUGCUUUUCUUGAUCCCCCUUGUCUUCGUUAUGCCAGACAUUAGCGAACUACUUGCUCUUCCACAACCUGUUCCCUACAUCAUCAAAACGGCUGUAGGGUCUUCAGGCGGUGCCUUCGGUUUGCUCUUCCCACUCAUGGUCUUGUCUGUUUUGUGCGGCAUUAGUUGUACGACAGCAACAUCUCGCUGCGUGUGGUCCUUUGCCCGCGAUGGCGGUAUCCCAGGCGCGGUUUGGUGGUCCAAGGUUAACAAGAGUCUCGAUCUCCCCCUGAACGCGAUGAUGUUGGCCAUGGUCUGCGAAAUUCUACUUGGCUUUAUCUACUUCGGAUCCUCUGCCGCCUUCAACGCCUUCGGAGGUGUGGGCGUCAUUUGUUUAACAGCAGCUUAUGCUACGCCUAUCGGUAUCAGCUUAUUUACCGGUCGAAAGCAGGUGAAGAAGGGUUCAUUUUACCUUGGGAAGUUUGGAAUUUUUACCAACGUUGUUGCCAUCGCCUGGUCCAUGCUUGCACUCCCUCUCUUUUGCAUGCCCUCGAUGCUUCCCGUGGACCAAACCACUGUCAACUAUGCCCCUGUUGUCUUCGUCGCGGCAACUGCGAUUUCGGGCAUCUGGUACUGGGUUUGGGGUUACGAGAACUACGUCGGGCCUCCUGAUGCAGGAGAUCACAACUAA